AUGUCGGGUCAACAAAAGGGACUAAUGCAAGUUAUACAAGAAGUGGUGCCUCGAGUUGAUCAACGUUUCUGUGUUAGGCACCUAUGCGCUAAUUUCAGAAAGAAAUUCCCUGGAAAACAACUAAAGUGUUUGAUGUGGAAGGCAACAUCAGCAACCCAUCCACAAGCUUGGGAAUUAGAAAUGAGAAAUAUAAACCAACUCAAUAAUGAGGCCUUUAAAUACUUGCUGAAAAUUCCUCCCAGACACUGGUCACGUUCAAGAUUUAGCACCAUACCUCAAUGUGAUACUUUGGUGAACAUGUCUGAGGCUUUCAAUAGUGUUUUGGUGCAUACAAGGUCCAAGCCAAUCAUAAGCAUGUUGGAGGACAUUCGCCUUUACUUGAUGAAGAGAUGGGCAAGAAGUGGGCUAUCAGUGGCGUACCAUGUUGCCACUUUUGGCUGUUAUGAAAUUCCUAAAUCUACACCAGAGGACUUCAUACCAUGCUGCUUUAGGAAGACAACAUAUGAAGAAACUUAUUGUUCAAUUGUGUAUCCAAUAAAUGGUAAAAACAUGUGGGAGAUUACCCCAUAUGUUGAUGUGCUCCCUCCACCAAAAAGAAUACUGCCUGGAAGACCAAAGAAGAAGCGAAGGUUGGAGCAAUGGGAAUUGGUGAAUGACGAUAAAAGAAUGAGAAAGGGUGGUAUAAAGAAAAGAUGUGGAAAAUGCAAGCAAUUGGGCCAUAACAGAACUUCUUGCACCCAGUCAACUGAACCAAUGAUGUCGUCAACAAUUGAAGAUGAAGUUGCCUUAUAA